ACACACAGGAGCACACGACUCACAUUGCACCCUUGUUAUCUAUGCAUGUAUUAGCAUGCAACACAGACGCAUGGUUUCUGCACGAGUCGUGCUUCCACUGCUCGCGUUUGUCUGCAGCGCUCUUCCCCACGCGGACGUGACGUCACGGUUUCCUGCAGGCGGUGUAGGGAGGAGGAGGCGAGCAGGCAGUCAGAGAGACUGGAGGACUCGGGAAACUGUGUCGAAAAUGACAGCACAGGAAUAGAUCUCAGUAGCCAUGGAACCUGAGGCAAACUCUUACCGCGUGGAAUUCCCUGAUUUCUCCUGUUCCGUUCUGCAGAAGCUCAACCAACAGCGACAGCUGGGCCAGCUUUGUGACAUCACCGUGGUGAUACAGGGCCACCGCUUCAGAGCUCACAAAGCUGUCCUGGCCGCCAGCUCUCCUUACUUCUGCGACCAGGUGCUCCUGAAGAACAGCAUGCGGGUCGUUCUGCCGGACGUCAUGCACCCCAGCGUGUUCCAGAGCAUCCUGCAGUCCUGCUACACGGGGAAGCUGCUGCUGCCAGCUUCGGAAAUCGUGGGCUUCUUGACGGCAGCGAGCUUCCUCCAGAUGUGGCACGUGGUGGAUAAGUGCACCGAGCUCCUGGAAGGGAACCCGGCGGCCUUCUGCCACAAAUCGUGCCACAGCAGCCACCACCGGUCUCCAAGCAGCAGCAGCAGCUUUAACAGUGCCGGCGAGGGGUUUGACCCGGCCCCAGGGGUGCCAGCAGAACUCUGCAAAACCCCAGCAGCACGCUCUAGAGACGAGGAUCAUCAUAAAGAAGACAGCUUCUCGCCCCAGAUGAACGAGCGGGAUCAUCCCCAGAGCGUCUCUCCCACAGAGCAGGACCGGUUCAGCACAGAGAUGGGCAGUCAGGAUGGGGAGGAUGGGGCGAGCGACGGGGUGGAGUACCAGUGCUCCAGGCCGCUCUAUAUCCAGCCCAGCAUAAUGUAUCACAAGCGGUGGAUCCAGGUGAAGGCGGAACGGUUCACGCAGGAGGACUGCGACGCCCUGGCAGCUACGCCCAUGACCGAAGAGCCUCAAGCGUCGGACUCCGAGCUCACGAAUCAAGCCGAAUACCGGCCCUCAAACACUGACAGCUUUAAUAUCGAAGCUGGUAAGGCAGCGGAAAACUUUGACAAGAACCAGGAGGGCAGACAAACCUACGAUGAGCAGCUGGACUUCUAUGGGGCGUCCAUGGAGGAGUUCUCCAAAGACAGGGUUGAGGAAACCCUCAGCGGUCCCGGAGAGGACUCCUUGAAGGUGCAAGGGAGCGAGGAAAGUGCGGAACUGCCCUCCGGGAUCCAGGAGGAGACCUCUCAUUCCGGCUUCACAGCCGUGGUUUAUAAGCUGUAUCCCUGCCAGUGUGGCAAAAGCUUCACACACAAAAGUCAGCGGGACAGGCACAUGAGCAUGCACUUGGGGCUCCGGCCUUACGGCUGCGCGGUCUGUGGGAAAAAGUUUAAAAUGAAACACCACCUUGUGGGUCACAUGAAAAUACACACGGGGAUCAAACCCUACGAGUGCCACAUCUGUGGGAAGAGGUUCAUGUGGAGGGACAGUUUUCACCGGCAUGUGUCGUCCUGCACCAAGGCUUACCAGGCGAAGAAAGCAGAGCAGACAGCAGACAUCUGCUGACAGAGAGCAAGGGGACUGGGGUACGAGCGCACUUAGAAAUACAUAAAGGCAGCACAGACAGGGAAUGGAAAACAAAUGUGUUUUUUUAAGUGAUGGUUAAGAGGGAAUUUAAAGUCAUGGCAUUUUUUUUAAAGUUGGCAAUCAAUUAAACUUUUUUUUUUCUUGCAUUUUAAUGGGGACCUGGUUUAAUCUCUCAAAAUGACAAACCUCAUUAACAUUCUGCUUCCCUGCAAGGGUUAUACCUAUGUUACUGAUGGACCAUACAAAACAUAGUCCUUCUUCCAGUUGGGAGGCUGGGAAUGAGUCUGCUGUUCCGUAUUAAAUAGGGCUGCAACGAAGGGUACAUUUUGACCUUGGAAGUUUCGGAACACAUUACCGAAGGAAGGUUCAAACCUUCUAUGGUACUAAUUUGCAUAAUUUACUGGUGACGUCACCAUAGCUACUAGUUUAUAUUUGAUUAUUUUACAGGAAAGGAAUUCACUUGUAGUAUAUACGUCAUAUAGAACAGUAAUCAUGUUGUUAUAUUUUAAAUAAAAAUACACAUUGUUUGCUUCUGCUUGCGAUAUAUACAGGAAGCUUGUAUUGCAGCAGCACCAACUGCAUCAGACUGAGGCAAAACAAAGCUUUAUUUAACAGGCACUGUUCCAAGCAGGUUUUCAGUCACAUUCCCAUUAUACUACUAAUAAUACUAAUAAGAAGAAGAAGAAGAAGAAGAAUAUGAACGCUUGUCAAGUGACCCCGCAGAUUGGUUGUGCCUCUGUGAUACAUCAAUAGUCGCUUGCACAGUUUGCAUUCAGCUUUUUUUUUUUUUAGUUGUCGGGGCAUUUAACGAAACUGUAAUCCCAAACAGCAGAGGGGUUUCGAGACAUGUCUUUCAAUACAGAUUAUAGCUUUCGAAAAUAAAGUUAUUAGUGUUAACGUAUAUUUUAUAUGUUUUAUAGAUAUUCUACCCUAGCACUUCUCUUACACUGUCUUGUACACCAGGUAUUCAGUACAUAUUUUACUGAAGCACUACAACCGCUGUCGGUACCCCCCAGUGCUUUAGCAUAUACCCUGCUCCUUACACGGCAGCGGCGCUAUACAUAUUGCUACAUGUAACGAUUUGGUAGUGAAUUUUAAUACAACAACUUUUGUUUAAGUAAUAUGCAUUAUACCAAUCAAAAGAGCGAAUUUUGCAUAGGGAACAGUGACGGCCUCAAAGGAAUACUUUUAAACCCUCUGCAUUUUGUAUCAGUUAUCCCAUGAAUGAUACAGUAUGUGUUCUGAGUCAUGAUUUACUGUGUUUUCUACUCUCGUGGAUGUUUUGGCAUGUUUAAUGAAGUCACUGGCAUAUCUUACCUGUGGGAGUGCCUGAGCAAACACGAACAAGGUGGAGUUUCUGCAGUGAGGCUAGCAGACUACCAUUGGCAAACAGCUAGGACUAAUUCUUUUUCCCUUGAAAACGUGAGUUUUUCAUUUCAGAUCUUUUACAUACUCACUAAGGUGGAAGAAAUGAGCUGUGCCCACACAAUACCUAGUCAUUUAUAUACUGGUUUCAUUGCCCAGGCUUGCUCAGAGACAGCCCCACCUGUAAAAUAUCCUGAUGACUUUAUUAAACAUGUCAAAUGUCCAUGAGUCAUGUGAUUUAAAAGACAUACAUUAUCAAGGGGUAAUAAAGGUAUUGGCAAUGUUGACCCAGGGAACUUUUUCGACCUGAAAAAAGAAACAAGGACCAGGGGUCACAAAUGGAGAUUAAAUAAAGGGGCAUUCAGAACAGAAAAUAGGAGGCACUUUUUUACACAGAAUAUUGUGGGAGUCUGGAACCAACUCCCCAGUAAUGUUGUUAAAGCUGACACCAUGGGAUCCUUCAAGAAACUGCUUGAUGAGAUUCUGGGAUCAAUAAGCUACUAACAACAAACGAGCAAGAUGGGCUGAAUGGCCUCUUCUCGUUUGUAACCUUUCUUAUGAUCUAAAGCGAGAACCAUUUUUUUUUGUUAUGUUAUUCAUUUUAAAUAUGCCUGUUGCGUUUUGUUCUGGCAGUCAUUUCCUUUUUUUGUAAAUAUAUAAAAAGGAGCUGAAAAUAAAUGUUGAGGUUAA